AUGCGUCUUUAUAUCGUUAUCAGCAUUGCGCUUAUCCUUAUCUGCGUCACUGCGGCCCACGCUCUCCAUGUGGAAGACACUCUACUUUUAACGGAUGAAUUUUUGGACCGUGUGAACCGUCUCAAUAAUGGAAUGUGGACGGCUGGCCGCACGAACAGAACAAAGGAACUCACGCGGCGUGGGGCCAAACGGCUAAUGGGAGUUACCCGACGAACCACCACCAUUCUCGCCCCGCGGCACUUCAGCAAGGAAGAACUUCAAGUACCGCUCCCUGACAGUUUUGAGUCCUCCGAAAAGUGGCCGAACUGUCCCACCAUUACAGAAAUCCGUGACCAAUCUGACUGUGGUUCUUGCUGGGCUGUGGCAGCAGCUUCAGCGAUGUCGGAUCGUUAUUGCAGCAUGGGUGGCGUACGCGAUCUUAGGAUCUCUGCGGGUGCCCUCUUGUCGUGCUGCGAAACAUGCGGUUUAGGUUGCAAUGGCGGCGACCCAGAUUCAGCUUGGUCCUACUACGUCGAAACUGGUGUUGUGUCCGAGUUCUGUCAGCCGUAUCCCUUUCCAUCAUGUGCCCAUCAUGUGAACAGCACCCACUACUCCCCAUGUUCAGGGGAGUACAAUACACCUUUAUGCAACACCACGUGCACCGACACGGCGAUUCCGCUGAUAAUGUACAAAGGAAAGAGCAGCUACUUUUUGACAGGAGAGGAUGAUUUCAAGCGCGAGUUGCUUUUGCGUGGACCAUUUGAGGUGACCUUCACUGUGUACGAGGACUUCGUGGCCUACAGAGGCGGCGUAUACAAGUAUGCCAGUGGCAAUGCUCUUGGAGGCCACGCAGUACGCCUUGUUGGUUGGGGUAAUCUGAACGGAAUAUCGUACUGGAAGAUUGCGAAUAGCUGGAAUGAUGAAUGGGGUAUGAAUGGCUACUUUCUUAUUCUUCGCGGGCAGAAUGAAUGCGGAAUCGAGGAGCGUGGCAGUGCAGGUACGCCAAAGGUGCUACAGAAUGAGUAA